CUGAGAGUUGUCGGUGAGGCUGGGGGUGUCGACUUGACACAGAGUAGGGAACAAGCGACGGGCAAUUGUGAAGGAACGCAAAGGUGCAAUGGCGGAGACUCCAAGUAAACCUGGAGGGGCCGGACUGUUUGCCAAGCACGUGCAGAAAAGGUUCAUGAGGGCACAAGAAAUGGUUCUCCAGAAAAUGGGCAAAACCAUGGAAACAAAAGAUGAACAGUUUGAGCAGUGCGCAAACAGCUUCAACAAACAACAGGCUGAUGGGAGCAAGCUGCAAAAGGACCUGAAAGCCUAUCUGAAUGCUGUGAGAGCGAUGCACGACACAUCGAAGAGACUCUGCCUUACCCUGCAGGAGAUAUAUGAGCCCGACUGGGAUGGCAAGGACGAGCUGCUCCCCAUCGUAGAGAAUAAUGACCUGCUGUGGGCGGACUAUGAAGAGAAACUAUCAGAUCAGGCCCUGAGGACAUUGGAGACCUACCUGAGCCAGUUCCCAGCAUUUAAGAAACGCAUUGCGAAACGAGGGCGUAAGCUGGUGGACUAUGACAGCUGCCGACAUCACCUUGAAUCUCUGCAUAGUGCCAAGAAGAAAGAUGAAGCGAAGAUCACAAAGGCAGAAGAGGAGUUUGUCAACGCCCAGAAUGAGUUUGAAGAGCUGAAUGCUCAACUUCGUGAGGAGCUCCCUGAGCUGUGGAACAGCCGCAUUGGAUGCUACGUGACAAUAUUUCAGAACAUGUCCAACUUACGGGAUAUCUUUUAUCAGGAAAUGAGCAAGCUGAAUCAGAGCCUCUACUCUGUGAUGACCAAACUGGAGAAGCAGCACAGUACCACAGUGUUUAUUGUGAAGGGCGUGGCGAGCAACAGGCGUUCAUUGAUUAUCUCGUCACCAGUCAAUCCGGCCAGUCAACUUUCAAUCUCGUCGGAGAUUGGACUUACGCCAACUUCGACCACCACAGCUCUGCCAAAGGAAGAGGCAGUGCCUCCUGAUGCCCCAUCCUCCACUGAAGCUACACGGGCACCACAAGUGGCACCUAGUGAGGAAGCCCCCGAAGUAGCUGAGCCACACGAAGACCCGCUGCCCGCUGCUGCGUCGCCGCCCAUCAAAACUCCGAAACCUCUUCCCCGCUUAUCGAUAAGCAAGGCCGAGCCCCUGGACCUCCCUUCUCCUGACGGACAAUCCCCUCUCGUCUCACCUCAAGACACCUCAGCCUCUGUUGAUCUGGAACCUGCUGAGGAGCCUGGAGAUUCGAGGUCAGAGUCCCCCGCCAAGAUGGUCGAAGCCCCUCAAAGUGACCCCUCUCCAGCAGAAGCAACGCCGGGCGUCAGGUCCAGCGAUGAAUCGACCACUGACGGAGCAUGCUCAGAAGCCUUGGCCAUCAAUACACCCCUGUCGCUGGAAACCACAUCCACUGUGAGUAUUGAUGCUGGGUGCAAGGACGCCAGUACAGCCGUUGAGGAAUUAGGUCUCUCGUCCUCGCUGUCAUCUCUGAGUCCAUCAGCGGAUCCAGCCCCAGCUCCUCGCUCAGUAUCCCUGAUGCUGAGCAAUGCCCUUAAACACUCGCCAGCUGUGUCUUCGGAUGCCGCAGCUCCUUCUGGAAGUCAACCGCCUCACAAGGAGACCAUGGAGGCUUGCCCUGUGGCGCUGGCAGAUUCAGAGGCCCAAGCUUCACCCUUGACAGAAGAACGGGCAUCAUCUGAGCUGGCUCCCCAUGCCGGCCCCAUAACCUCGGAGGGGGAACCUGGAAGCCAGACCUUGAUUGAGGCCUUGUCCUCUCCUGUGGAAAAUACAGUCAACGAGGCAACUGGUCCAAGCGACCCUCCAGCUCCUGAGGUGCCGCAGACUUGUAGCGAGGAAAUCACGGCGUGUAAUGCUCCAAGGGAAGGCCCCGUCCUUUCAGCUCGCCUUCCAGAGAAUGAUACUUUGAGCUCGACAGAAGAUGGCUCCCAGGACACGUCCGCACCUUGUGAAGCCGACAUGACCUCUGACCCGGCAUCACCUCAGGCCCAGGCUCUUCCUGUUACUGAUAAAGACGAGGUGGAAGACAGCAGAGCGAAGGCCGAUGCCAGCAAAGAGAUAGCUCUGUCUCCUUCAUGCAGUGAAGGACUGACAUUAGAGCAGUCAGUUUGUGAAGAACUGCCUCCUGGAUUCAUGUAUAAGGUAAAAGCCACACACAGCUCCUGUGAGGAGACACACUUACAGUUUACUCAGGGGGACAUCAUAUUGGUCCUGUCCUUCGAUGGGACUCAGACAGAGGCGAAAGGAUGCCUGAUGGGUGUGAGGGAGGACGAUUGGAAUCAGAGCAAGGAUGUGGCCAAUCUGCAAGGUCUAUUCCCAGAAGACCUGACUGAGCGUGUGGAUUGAAGACCGAUUCGGUGAUUGACACUCCUAGUUCGAGCUCCACUGAGAAAGCCACCAUGUCACUGCAUUGACCUCCGUGCAAAACGAGCUUCCCUGGAUGCGGCAAUAGCAAGCACGGCAACACAGCUCAGUUGCAGUUGAACAGUGGCAAGGCUGGAGAUAACUUGAAAGAGCUUUAUAGCCUGUGUUUGUGUGCUUCUGUCUUGAGUUUCAUUUCUUUACAUGCACUGCAUUAAAAAGCUGCAUUGUGGAAAGCCAGAUUGUUGUUUGACUGGAACAGGCUCCCAGCAAAAUCUUCCAGCACUUCUCCAUCCCUUUGACCUGAAUGGAAGAUUGAUUUCCCAAAAUCCCUUCAC